GCCGAGCCCGGCGAGGCGCCGCUGUCCCGCGAGGGGGCGCCCUCCGCCACUGCCCAGUUUCACCCCCGCUCGCAGUCUCCCCCCAAAUUCCCUUUCGCUUUCGCUCCCUGGCUGUCACCCAGCUUGGCCCUUCCACACCCAGCUGGGGCGAGCCUGACCCGGCCACAGGCAUGAGGGGCCCCGGGCCGCGAUGACAGUGCUGGCGCCAGCCUGGAGGCUAAAGUUCCCGCUGCUGCUGCUGCCUCUGCUGCUGCUGCUGCUGCCAAGCCCCAGCCUGCUCGGGACCCCCAGCUGCUCCUUCUCCCACAACCCCAUCUCCUCCAACUUCAAAGUCAAAAUCAGCAAACUGUCUGACUACCUGCUCAAGGAUUAUCCAGUCACUGUGGCCGCCAACCUGCAGGACGAGCCGUUCUGUGGGAAGCUCUGGCACCUGGUCCUGGCCCAGCGCUGGAUGGAGCGGCUCAAGACCGUGGCCGGGUUAAAGAUGCAAGAGCUCCUGGAGACGGUCAACACAGAGAUUCACUUUGUCACCUCAUGUGGCUUCCAGCCCCUCCCCAGCUGUCUUCGCUUCGUCCAGACCAACAUCUCCCACCUCCUGCAGGACACUGUGGCUCAGCUGGAAGCCAUGAAGCGCUGGAUCACUCACCGGAACUUCUCUCAGUGCCUGGAGCUGCGGUGCCAGCCCGACCCCUCCACUCCACUGCCCCCAAGGAGUCCUGGGGCCCUGGAAGCGACAGAGCUGCCUGCCGCACCAUCGCACUCCCCGCUCCUGCUGCUGCUGCUGCUGCUGCCCGCCGCCUUCCUGCUGCUGCUCGCUGUCUGGUGUCGGUGGUGGUGGCGGCGGCGGCGACGGUGCAGAACGAGGUGCAGGACGCCCGUCCCCCAGGAGCCGGCGGUGCUGCUCCUCCAGAGCUGAGUUGCCUGGCUCCUGGUCCUGAGGAGGACGCUGAGGCCCGGGUAGAGGAGCCACCUGCCAGAGGACGCCCGAGCACAGCGGAAAUUGGCGGCAGUCUGAUGUCUCACUCGUCAAUGCUGUUGCCCUGGCGCUCUUCCCAGGACCGAGGCGAAGCCAGGACAUGGCCCCAGCCCCACUCACCCCGCGCUGUACAAAGCCCUGUCCUCAGAAACCUGUACAUAAAUCCUUCUUUUCUACCAGCUCUGGUCGGCCUGUCUGUG